AUGCUCGUUUUCAGAUACGGCAAGGGUCCGGAGGUAGUUCCGCCGGUUUAUUUGAAUGGUUCGCCGGUUCGGGUCGUAACAUCUUUCAAGUACUUAGGCCAUUAUCUAACGGAGAACCUUCGCGACGACAUGGACAUGGAGCGAGAGCGCCGCGCGCUUGCGGUCCGUUGUAACAUGCUGUCGCGAAGAUUCUCCAAGUGCACCACUGACGUAAAAACGACACUAUUUAGGGCAUUCUGUCAGUGCUUUUAUACAUGCUCACUAUGGUGUAACUACACCAAACGUUCAUAUAACGCGCUCCGGGUUCAGUAUAACGAUGCGUUCAGAAUACUCAUGAAACAACCUCGCUACUGCAGUGCUAAGACCAUGUUUGCUGAUGCGGGAGUACCUGAUUUUUAUGCAAUCAUGCGGUCCCGCAUUGCUUCAGUUUGGACAAACGUAUGGCAAAACUCGCAGCAAAAUGAUAUUCUGGCGCUGUUUACUGUCAACCCGAGCAAUAAGAUCCUAAAGCACUGGACAGCCGUGCACCUGGACGAAAAUAGCAAAUAG